AUGCUGCAAUUUUUUGUAUUGGCUGGGCUUCUGGUGGCCCCUUCUACCACCGCUCGCGAUGUACCCCAAAACGUAAAGGACCUAUACAAUUCCAUCCGCAGUCAGGGGUCUUGCAAGAACCAACUGAAGGGUGGAUUCUAUAGCCAGGAGGGGGAUUCCAAGAACUUUGGGUACUGUGGCGAUCACCUCACAGACUACAGAAUCAUGUAUCUUCAGGGCAAGAACGGCAACUUGGUGAACAUGGAUAUAGACUGCGACGGUGCUCUUGGUGAUGGUGACGGUAGUUGUGACUCUUCAGGGGACACUCAGCCUCAAACAACCUUUCAAGAAACGGUAGCUGGAUAUAACAAAGGCAUCAAAGACCUGAAUGCGUACAUCCAUUCCUUCGUUGUCUUGGGCAAUGACGGUAGUAAGAGCGGGUACAUCGAGUUCAAACCGGAGCAGUACGGCAUCGAGCCUCUGUCCACCGUUGCCGUGGUAUGCGGCAACAAAAUGUUCUAUGGCGUCUGGGGAGAUACCAACGGUGAUGACGGCCCACCGCUUAUUGGCGAGGUCUCUGAUGCCCUCGGCCGAGCAUGCUACGGUACCGCUGUCAAUGGCAACGCAGCUCACGACGAGAACGACGUUCUCUACAUUGCCUUCACUGGGUCCGACGCUGUUCCUGGCGCAAAUGGUGCCAAGUGGAAUGCCAAGAGCUUUUCCGAGUUCGAGGCCUCCCUCGGCACUGUUGGGGACAAGCUCGUGCAGCGCAUUGGUGGUGGCGGCGGCGGCACGCCACCGACCUCGGACUGCUCUUGGGAGGGCCAUUGUCUCGGCGACAAAUGUUCGACCAACGACGACUGUGAUGGAGAGUUGGUUUGCAAGUCGAACAAAUGCUCGGAGUGA